AUGAAGCAACGAUACACAUUUCUUGACAUCCGUGCAACAGUGAAUGAGUUAAAGUCGAGACUGAUUGGAAAGUACAUACAGAACUUCUAUAGCACUUCUCAAAGGAUCAUCUACAUAAAGUUCAGCAACAAAGACAUUCUUCUGGCUGAGCCGGGAGUAAGGAUGCAUCUUACAGAGGGACAUGACAUGGAUAUUUCGCAUUUUUGUAAGAUCCUGCGCAAGCGAGCACGUAGAGAAAAGGUUGUUGAUAUCUACCAGUGUGGAUUUGACAGGAUAGUGAUUUUUGAGCUUAGCAAGCAGAAGAUUGUGUUUGAAUUUUUUUCAGGAGGGAAUGUGCUAAUUGUUGAGGACAACAAAAUAGUGGAGGUAUUUAGGAUGGUGAAGGACCUGGAUGUUGUCAAGGGAUCUGAGUAUGUGUUCAAUAAUGUAGAGUUUGAUUUUGGAAUUGAAAUGUUUGUUGCAAAUGAACUGAGUGAUUUUCUGCCUGUUGAGGAGCCUCUAGUGAAAGAAGUGCUUGAAGGACUGAGUAGUAAGCUGGGCACAGAUGUGAUGGGAAUGAGAAAAUCGAUGAAAAACGGGGUAAUGAUCAAGAAAGAAAGCAUAGAUGCAUUUGAAGAAUAUAUGAAUGAGUUUAAGAAAAAGAUUGAGGAGAUUGGUGGAUACGGAGGAGUGGUGAUGGUGAAAGGGAAGCCACAGAAUCUGGUUCCAUUUAGAAUAGAAGGGGCAAAAGAGUUUGCAACAUUCAAUGAUGCAGCAGAGUUUUUUUUCAUGGACAGGAAGAAGUUUGGAAAGGGAGACAAGGUGUCUAAGGUAGACAAAGUGCGAGCAAGGCAAGAAGCAUAUAUGGAGGAGAUGAAAAAAGAAUCUGAUGAAUAUGUUGCCAAAGCGUAUGCUCUUGAGUCGAACGAAGACCUUGUGAAAAGGAUCCUGGAUAUUUUCCGAAUAGUGAGGGAGUCUAAGAUGAAGUGGGACGACUUUGAUAGGUUCCGAGAGAAGGAGAACAAGAAGCAGAAUGAAGUGUCUAAAGCAAUAAUAAAAUGUGAUUUUAAGUCACACAUAUGUUUAAUAUGCGUGGAUGGCAUGGAAGUUGAGAUUGAUUUCAAUGCGUCUUUGUUCAGCAAUAUCAACGAGCUAUUUAAGAAGGCAAAGAAGUUGAACGAGAAGAUUGAGAAGACAAGGAACAAUCUUGAGGAUGUGCUGAAGAGGAUAGCGCCAAAAGCAGAGACGAAAAGGAUAGCAAGACAAACAUAUUGGUUUGAGAAGUUCCACUUUUUCUUUUCAUCUGACGGGACUGUUGUGAUAGGAGGCAAGAAUUCUCAACAGAAUGAGAUUCUUGUGAAGAAGUAUCUUUGUGAUGAAGAUUUGUACUUCCACAGUGGUGCGCAUGGAUGUUCAAGUGUUAUUGUAAAGAAGGAGAGUGAGAAUACAAUCAAGGAAGCGGCAGCAAUGACAUUGUGCAUGUCUAGUUGCUGGGCGAAUGGAGUGGUAUCGCAGAUAUGGUAUGUGUAUGGAAAUCAGGUUAGCAAGACGCCUCCAUCUGGAGAAUACUUACCAAAGGGGUCAUUUGCAAUAAAAGGAAAGAAGAACUAUGUUGAGUGGCACAGACUGGAGUAUGGAGUGGGGAUAGCUUUCCGUGUUUUUGAGGAUAUUGAUGAGCAGGUAAGUGAAAUGAAGGUUGGCGAAGGAGAAGGAGAAGAGAAGUAUAGGUUUGUGAAUGAUCCUGGAGAGAUGGAGAUCAUGCAUGCAAUUCCAGUCUGUGGGCCCUGGUGUGUGAUUUCUAAGUACAAGUAUAAGCUAAAGCUUGUACGUGGAAGAGAUAAGAAAGGCAAGCUUGUGCAAGAGAUAAUGAAAAGGUUUGGAAAGGAUGCUGGAGAAAGCAGAGAAGAGGCUUUUGUAAAGGCGAUAUCCACGGAAGAGUAUAUGAAUGUCCUUCCUGUAAGCAUCAGGAUAGGAAAAUGA